AUGAACCAAAAUGGCACAACAUUCGAGAAAUACACUCACCUGCGUAUCAAUUUGGUCUUGACGGGAGACUCACCUGGGAAUCAGUUGAAUCUCGUUUUUAUAGCCAAUAGUUCUAGUCUGCAGCAACAUAAGGUUGCUGAAAACUCCUCGACAGCCCACGACCGGUUUCGCCCUUCUUGGGGCUCAUCAGUUGGGCGCGAUCCCCGGGUUUCCGUCAUCCUUGUGUUCUUCUUGAAGCCAAAUUGA